AUGAGUUGGCCCUAUCACUUCCUGGAUCUCACCCCCGAUGAAAAAGCCCAUCGACGGGAACUUCUCAGCCAAUACGCCUUCUUCUCCCAACUAUCUGUGCUCAUCCCGAUCCUGGGAUACGGGGUCUAUCGACUAGGUGCGUGGCUCUUGGCCAGGAAAGGAGCAUUCGAUGUUGCCUACGCUGCUCUAUGGCAGUCGCCAGGCAGCACCGAAUCAGCCGGCGAUUCCAGCGCUGUCUCACGCAAAGCGAUUGCGAGGCGAUGGAGGUCGGUGCAAUGGUGGUGGAAUGGGGAAGUUGCUCCCAACUGGGGACUGAGAGGACAGUGGAUCGCUGCGAGCGUUUGGACUGUGUGGCUGCUGGGUCUCUGCUUGCUCCAGACAGGCCACGAUUAUCUUCAUGUCACUAAGCGCUUCGGAAGCGUCGCCGCAGCUCAGCUGCCUCUUCACUUCCUCUUGUCCAUGCGUACUCGCUAUUCUCCGCUGGGCAUCAUCCUCGGCACUUCUCACGAGCAGCUUAUUCAUUGGCAUCAAAUCUGCGGCCGAAUCAUUAUGAUUCUUCUCGUCCUCCAUGCAGCCUGGUAUAUCAAUUACUUUGUUCAAAAUCAGAUUCUCGUGGAGCGUCUGCAGCAUCUCCAUCCCAUUACCGGCCUAUUAUCGUUAUCAUUGAUGGCCGUCAUUGCAGGCACAAGCCUCGAGCGAGUGCGACGAUGGAGCUAUCGAGUCUUUCUCUACUGCCAUGUUACUAUCGGCCUGGCGAUCUUCCCCAUCCUCCUUCUACAUGCGAGACCGCUUCGGCUAUACGCGGUCGAGGCUCUAGCGCUGUUCGCCGUGGAUCGAGUUCUACGAUACUUGGACACCGUCACUUCGCCGGCUAUCCUCUCCAAAGCCCCUCAUACGGAGCUGCUGAAGAUCUGGUUCCCCAUUCCCUCCACCAAGCUGGCGCGCUUUCAGGCCAAGCCCGGUCAACACGUCUACCUGUCCAUACCCUCCAACGGCACCUGCACUGGCAAUAAAAGCCUGCUCUCAAACCCAUUCACGGUAUCAGAGGUCACGGCGAGUGAGAUAUCGCUAGUUGUUCGAGCUCGACGGGGUCCCACAACCCAGACACUCUGGACUAAGGCGGAUCGUACCAAGACACGCGCUCUGAUCAGCAUAGAAGGGCCAUACGGGGGCCCUCUCCGGACUGCAGACCUUGCUUCCCAAUUUGACCGUGUUCUCCUCGUGGCAGGAGGUAUUGGAGCCACAUUCAUUUUACCCAUUUACUGGGCAUUGCACAACCAACUCGAGGCCGAGACCGGUUCUCCCGAUCACCUGAGCCUCAUCUGGGCACUCAGAUCAGCGCCAGAGGCUUGUUGGGCCACGAACUCGGGAAACCAGACAUUUGCUCCGAACUCAAAUGUUCACAUUUACUUGACCCGACAUCACUCAGCUCAGCACCCGCGCGACAAUCCCCUGUUUAGCGAGGGCAUAGAGAUGGAGGACUUGCAAGACCCGAAUAGCCUAAUCGGAGGAGCCAAGGCCUCGGUUGGGCGGCCUGAUCUUAAGAACAUCAUAGACGGCACGUUCAGCUCCCAUGCCGAUGAGCAUGUCGCUGUCAUUUUCUGUGGACCGCAAGGUAUGGGACGCGAACUACGGGCUUAUGUUGGCAAGUGGGUAGCGGUAGGACGAAAAGUCUUUUGGCAUGAAGAGCGCUUCGGCUGGUAG